GAUAUAAGGGGUGAGUUCCGCUUCCACUUCGCCGGUCAACCUGCGCUGCUUCAUCACCACGAGUCCUAGCCACCCCCCUCAAUAUCCCAAAUGCCUACGCUUGACGUCUUAGCAGCGCUCUGGCGCUGCAUGUCUCGUAGAUUAUUCUACGAGAUCCUCUUCGUCUGCCUGCUCUCACGCAUCUACGCCACGAGCGUCGCCCUGGGCCUAGGACUCUUUGAUGCUCGUCGCGUCCGUUCAGACCCGCAGUACAAGUUCCCGAUCAGCAAUAUGUUCGCCCCCGAACUGCACGGAGGCCGUGGUCUCAUGUGGAUGCUUCUUGCUUGGCAAGUUCCUAUCAUCCUCAUCUUCUACUCCUGGGAGUACCGGCAGCAAGAUGGCGACGAAGACCUUACGCUCGAUAACCUUGAGGAGAACUGGCAACGAGUGUUGGGCCUUAUCUAUCGCUAUGCCAUUACUGGGAGUAUCAUGGCUGUAAUCCUUCAUAGCGCGUACAUCGUCGGCAACAUCAACGUCGGACUCAUCGUAUUGGCGUGCAUCGCCACCGUCUACUUGACCAACGUACUCGUUUGGCCCCUUGUGACGUGGAUCAAGACCGGCCGAGGCAUUCCACGACCGCCAGAACCAGAGCCAAUAUCUGCCCCAAUACCAGUCAGAACUUCUCGGAGAAUGAGAGGAACGUGCGAUGAUCUCCUUGAAGCCUUACCAAUUCUGCGACGACACGAUGUCCCGCUUGAGGACCAAUGCGCAAUCUGCUGCGAGACCUUUCAAGACGUUUGCAACGAUAACGGCAUCAUCAUUAAGAUUCCCGGAUGCGAGCACGUAUUCUGCCAGACAUGCAUCAGCGGAUGGCUGCAUCAUGGUCGCUCUACGUGCCCCAUGUGUCGCCACAACUUCCUUUGCGAUGCCGAGUACCUCUUGGCCGUUGCGUCGCUCGCCAGAGGUGGGGUUCAAGUCGACGACACUGUUGAUACCAACAUAGCCUUCGACCUUUCGUGGACACGCAUGUUCUGGGCAGUACUCGGGUUCUGUCGCAAGCUAUUCACGGUUUUCGUCAGCGACCGCAUCAAUCCGUCGUUCGGUCUCGCCAUGGCAGUCUUGCACAUACUCUUUGCAGCACCCUUCCGACUAUUGAAAGCGCUGAUCCGUGCGCUUGUGGACAUAUGCGAGUCUCUCGACUUCGUGCAACGCUGGUACAGCGCUACUGAGGACGCGUACAUCAAGGAGCUCCUGGAAAUCACUCGGCUUCAGGCUUCUCGGCUGGACGAAAUGGAACGACAACUCAGACUGUUGCAGAACUCCGAGCGAACUGGUGACCACCUCACCAGCGUAACUCCGGCAAGUGGAACGAGGCUCGACAGCGGGGCGAUGCGCAGUGGUGCGCUUCUCUCCGGCUUCUAAAUUGUGGUAAUGAUGUGCCCGGUGGACUCUGCUGCGCACGAGAGUCAGGCGGGCACAUCUACGGGGAGGGCGACGGUGACCAUGCUCGGGAUGAGGCCGAUAACUGGAGUGACAAGGGGCUUAUGGAUCAAAACCGGGAUCGUUGUUUCAAUAUUGCCAUCACUACUGGACCUAG